CCGGGCCCUUUUCAAACCCAGCGGGAGCGGGGCCGCGGCCAGGCCACAAAAUGGCGGAGAGCGACAAGCCCGAGGCUGCGGCCGCCGCGCCGCAGCGCGGAGCCGAGGAGCCCGCCGCCAGCCAGCCGCCGCCACAGCAGCCGCAGCAGCAGCCGCCACAACAGCCGCCACAGGAUGAGGAGGCGACAGCGGCAGCAACGGAGAGCGGCGGGGGCAGCGCUAAUGGCGUCAAAAUGGAUAAUGAUGAGACAGCAAAAGAAGAGAAAGCACCUGUGAAAGAGAAGUACGUUGCAAAACCGAAGGCAAUCCCUUCUCUUGGAAACAAGAAUAGAUUCCACCCCUAUUCAAAGGAGAAGAAUGCAGGCACUGGAGAGAAGAAGACAAUUAAUCGUAAUAGAGUGUUUAUUAGCAACAUCCCUUAUGACAUGAAGUGGCAAGCUAUUAAAGAUCUUAUGAGAGAGAAAGUUGGUGAGGUUACAUACGUGGAGCUGUUUAAGGAUGCUGAAGGAAAAUCAAGGGGCUGUGGUGUGGUUGAAUUCAAAGAUGAAGAAUUUGUUAAGAAAGCAUUAGAAACUAUGAACAAAUAUGAUCUUAGUGGAAGACCGCUGAAUAUUAAAGAGGAUCCUGAAGGUGAACAUGCUCGUAGGGCAUUACAGCGUGGAGGAGGACAGUUUCCAGCAGGACAUGGACCUGAUGUGGCACCUGGAAUAAUGAAUUUACCGCCUUCUAUUCUCAAUAAUCCAAACAUUCCUCCUGAGGUUAUCAGUAACUUGCAGGCAGGCAGGCUUGGGUCCACUAUUUUUGUUGCUAAUCUUGACUUUAAAGUUGGCUGGAAGAAACUGAAGGAGGUAUUCAGCAUUGCUGGAACUGUAAAACGUGCAGACAUCAAAGAAGAUAAAGAUGGCAAGAGUCGAGGAAUGGGAACAGUUACCUUUGAACAGGCAAUUGAAGCUGUUCAAGCAAUAUCUAUGUUCAAUGGACAAUUCCUGUUUGACAGACCCAUGCAUGUAAAAAUGGAUGACAAAUCAGUUCCCCAUGAAGAUUUCCGUGGUGCAGACAGCAAAACUUCACAAUUACCUCGUGGUCUUGGUGGCAUUGGUAUGGGACUUGGACCAGGCGGACAGCCCAUCAGUGCAACACAGCUGAGCAUGGGUGGUGGAAUGGGGAGCAUGGGUCCAGCAGGUAUCGGAAUCGACGGCCCAGGAUUUGGCGGGAUGAAUAGAAUGGGAGGCGGACUUGCUGGGUUUCGUGUAAUGGAAGGAAUGCCUAAUAUGGGAGGAUUUGGAGUCAACCGAAUGGGAGAAAUGUUCCGUGGUGGAAUGGGAGGAAACAUGGACAGAGAGUUUGGUCGUGGUGACAUGGCACUGAACCGUGGUUUUGGAGAUUCUUUUGGAAGAAUGGGUGGUGCAAUGAUUGGUGUUUUUGCAGGAGGAAUGGGAGCACCUAGCAUGGGCCCAGUAAGAUCUGGAAUGAGUGGUGGAAUGGGUGGUAUGAACAGUAUGGCUGGAGGAAUGGGAAUGGGGAUGGAUCGGAUGAGUUCUGGUUUUGAUCGAAUGGGACCAGCAAUGGGUGGAGGCCUGGACAGGAACAUCGAUAUCGAUCGAGGAUUUGUGCCUGGCCCGAUGGGAGGUGGCAUGAGAGAGAGAUUAGGCUCUAAAGGCAACCAGAUAUUUGUGAGAAAUCUUCCUUUUGACUUGACCUGGCAGAAGCUAAAGGAGAAGUUCAGUCAGUGUGGUCAUGUAAUGUUUGCAGAAAUAAAAAUGGAGAAUGGAAAAUCAAAGGGCUGUGGAACAGUGAGAUUUGACUCACCAGAAUCUGCUGAAAAGGCCUGUAGGAUAAUGAACGGCAUAAAAAUCAGUGGCAGAGAAAUUGAUGUCCGCUUGGAUCGCAAUGCGUAAUUUAAAACUGUUCAGGAACAUUCCUAUGUCUGUUUAGCUUCUCUAUCCUAGUAAGUCAUUUUUAGUAACAUUGUAUGCUUACAAAAGCUGUAAAAAGGAACUUUUAAAUCCCACCAGCCUUUAACAGUAUAGUGUUUAAUAUACUGUGAUACUUGUUAACUGAAUCUUACUAUGUUUUGUUUUUAAAGACAAUUUGCCUGAUUUUUGUUGUUUUUUUUAGAGGCACUGAGCACCUGCAGGUCCCUGUGGACCAUGGAAGCUCUGGAUGCUCAGCGCCUUUGGAAAAUUAGGCCAAGUGUCUCUAGUCAUUCAGUUUAAAUGAAUGGUUAUACUGUUUUUAAUAAAAUAAGCCAUUUUCUCUGUUAAUCUCAAGAUUGCAUAGUGGGAUUUGUUUAGUGUUUUCAGAUUUUAAUUUUUUCUCCCCCAGCGUGUAUUGACAUUGUAAUGUAAAAACUAGAUGUGUUUUAUUUUGGUUUGUUUUUUUUGUUGGUUUGGUUUGGUUUUUUUCAGAUUUUUGGUUUUAUAUAUGUGUUGUAGUCAUACUGUAAUUCUUGACUCUAAAAGAAAGGGCUCCAAUUAGGCUGUGAUGUUUUUGUUCUACUUAAUAUUACUUUAAUGACAUGACUUAGUUCUGUAAAUAAGAUUUAGAGCCCAAAGGGAGUUUUGAAUAUAUAUUUUUUUUAUUUCACUAAAUGAAGAAACUGGUCUUUCUCUCCUGCUUUUAUUUUUUUCAUCAGUAUAAUCACUGAUUAAAGCUAGUUACCACAGACCCUUGUAGGAUUGUUCCCUAUGAUGCCAAGUUCAUAUAAAAUCGAUAAUGUAGUAAAUACUAAGUACAGUACAAGACAAAUUGCUCCCAAUUUUUUAUCUAUUUUCCAGCCAUUCAGGUGAAUUGCCAGAAGAAUAAAAACAACAGAACAGAUAAGAGAAAUGGCUGUGUAUGUCAAACCACUGCUGUUCACUUCUAUGGGUCCUGAUGUAUUUAUGAAGGCAGUUUUUAUAAACCAGGGUAUUCCCAAACAGAGCAUAUCAAAUACAUUGGAUCCUACAAUGUUAGACAUGGCCAUAUCUCCAUUUCCUGUAAAAGAAAAAAAUACAGAUAAGUCUGAUUAAUUGUACUGUAUGAAAUUGCCAAACUGUUUUGGAGGAACAGCCUGUCAGCCCUCAGUUUCUCACAGAGCACCCUUUUCAGACUUUUCAUUAAAAUAACUAUAGUCAUAAUUCUAAAUAACGUAGUUUUGGGUACCACAAGCAUUAAAAAAAAGUCUCCCUGAUUCACCAGCAUCUGCACUGUUGCACUUAAAAUUAAGCUAGGCAGGCUAUUAUAAAAUCCAGUCAUGCUUAAAAUACCAAGACCUACAGUUAGUUAUGUUUUGCAGUAAAACUGUUAACACUUCAACAAUACAUCAAACCAAUCUGGAAUACUUCUCUGAGAUACACUGAGGGGUUUUUAAAUAUCUGAGCCACAGCUUCUUUUCAGGUAAGCUGCUUAUUUAUUAUUAGUAAACUUAAGCUCUAGAAUCUGGAGUAAAAAUUUUGAAGUUACUCCUUGAAUUUCUGGAAAUGUUUAGUAGAAUUCUUUUUUCCAUAGUACCUUUUAAACACGUCCUUUGGAAUGAACCUGAAUACUAAAAUCUUUACCUCUCUGAGCCACCAGCACACUUGCAAUUGUAUCUGGUAAACUUGUUCCUGCUGCUAGUAAUGUGAGACCCAUUAUUGACUCUGGAAUUCCCAGGGUUUCACCUGCAGUCGAUAAAUAACAGAAGAAAAUGCAAGUCUGAUUUUAGUUUGUUUCAUCCAAAUAAAUUGCUUUGGACUUUGCUGGAGAAAGGAUUAGUAAUCAUACAGUAAUUUCAAAAGGAAUCAGUCAGCUAACUUGACUAAGUAUGAGGUGACUGAACCAUUAAGGUAGUUAAGAACAACAACAAAGAAAUAUCAUCCUAUUCUUGUUCUUUAAUUAAAUAAAAAUGGAAUUGUAGUGUAGUAAUUGUCUUACUUAACAAGUUUCUCAAAGACCUGAGUGGAACGUUUCCAGUGGUCAUGACAAUAGCAGUUAAGUGGAGGUUUAAAUAUCUAACAGUUUACUCCUUUGUUUUUUUUUCCCCUCAACUUCUAGAAAAUAUAAUAGUCUUCUGUGGUUGGAGCAUUUAAUUGUUAGUGCUCAGAAGUCUCAUGAAGCAAUAACUCUUACAAUCCCCCUCUUUAAAGGGGGUGGGGGGAAAGCACAUGAAUUUUCUUGGGGAGGAGGAGGGUCAUUAAAAUCAUUACUGCAAUACUGUCUCAACUACAUGGCUUUACCACCUCGUUCCAGUUAGAAAGUUCUUUUGUUGGAUUUGGAAGAAUCAAAAUGCAGAAUUUUAAUAUGACUUGUAAGUACAAGUAAUCCUUUAGAAGUAUGAGUUUCUUUAGGUAAAUACUGGUUUAAAUUAAGAAAAGUCUUAAAUCGUUCCUAAAACAGCAGCUUAUUUUUCCCUACUUUUUUUAAGUCGCAUGUGUCCUGUAUGCAAUUAGUUUCUCAGAUAAAAUUCAGGGGUUCAGAUGUUCAGAACAGUUAUAGCACUUAUACCAUUCACAAGCAUCAAUAUUCUGAAGUAUUUGAUACCUCUGUUCAAACUAUUAAGUAAUUAGUUUUUCUUAAACUAUUUUGUUCACUAAAAAGUAUCUUAAUUUUUUAUUUUAAAUCUGAAUUCUUGCAGUAUUUGGACACUAAAAAGAACAGUUUUCUUAACAAUAUAAACCGUCUUAGUCUAGAUGAGCCCAGUAAAUUUAUGUUGGAAGCUAUUUGUUGGGUCAGAGGGACUAAUGUGAUUGUGUUGCAGAAUUUGUACUGGUAUUUAUUCUUUCAUCACUCCUCAUGUAAGAUUUGUAGGAUAAGGGACCAAUACAAUAAGCUUUUAUAAACCAUUCAGGCUGGAAAGCAGUGGCUCACCAAGCCAACCAAGGUGAAUACAAAUGAACCAGCCUUAUGUUUGCAGCAGUAGUUUCUGGCCGUCUGAAGGUUGUAAGACAGAAUCUAAACUCAGGUGAAUCUAAUUCUUCUUUUUAUUAGAUAGGCUUAUCUUCUAUUUAAUGUGUAGGGAUUUUUUCUGGCAACUGACCAUAAAGAGAGAAUGAUUUUGUUUUCCUAGCCUUUAGUUAAUCCUGUGCAUCAGUAGCAGUAUCUUGCUAUGAGUAGUUAAGUUUUCUUUGCUAGCAACUAGAAGUGUACUAAGUUAGGUUUGUUCUUGACCAUCAAAAUUUAGUCCCCAGCUGUGAGACUUUUGUGACAUUCUGAUAGGCUGUUUAUGCAACAAUAGAAUCUUUGAGUCACCCUUCAUGAAAGAACUUGGAUGUGAAUAUAAUGCCUGUGUAAUUUUUAGCAUUUUAACAUGUAAAUAGAACAUACUUGACCUAGAAGUAGUGGGUUAAAGACCCCAAUAUUGUUUGUGAUGACUCUUCAAAGUGGACUAACACUAACACACUAUUUGACUCUCUAGUGUACCGGCUUCCAUAUGAAUUAGUGCUUUGUCUAGUAAAACAGCAAUAACUCUAAUGUGAAUCCUGUUUCAAAGGCUUCCAGCAUUCAGACAGUAAGUAUCCUUGCUCUUCAGACACAAGUUGAAAAUUAUUUGAGCAAGGAGUGAACCUGAUGGAUGUUAUAUCUAAUCAACUACUAGUAAUGUGUAGGUCUGUUUCUGCACUGAACAAGGAGUUAUUCAUUGAACUGAAGUUGAAAACAAGUUUAGGAUGCUGACCUAGCAGAAUACUUGAGUAGGAUUAGUGAGCUAUAAUGUGAAAAUGGCAAGCUUUGUAACCUUUCUUAUUUAGAGAUUUGUUUUCUGCAUGUUCUUAAAAUGAAAAACUGCAUUUUUCUCAGGCUGACUGGAGAAACAGUGAAAUGAGAAAACCUUUAAUACCUUAAAAUGCUUAAAAGAUUUUUUUACACAAAAGUUCAUAGCCCUUUUCUCACUUAAAUGCAAUUCUUUUACUGCUUCCCUUUAUGAUGCAGAUUUGUAAGAGGUAUACAUAGACACAUACCAAGAAUGUUUAAUAAACAAAUGAUGCCAUAGUUGAAAUAAAAUAGUAAAAACAUUUGGGAGGUGUUUUUGGCAGUUAAUGUGCUAAAUCUCUUACUGUAGUGUUCAAGAAAAAAUACAGGUAUAGAAAUAUAAUGAAUUUUUUACGGAAUCCUGAACUUUUAAUUCCAGUCUUGAUGAAUUCCAUGUUUUUCAGACUUCAGCUUGGCAAGUUUAUUGCUAUGUAAUUUUUUCACUUAAUGAAGCAGUUUAACAAAACUGUCUCUUUUUAACUAUAGGCUUUUUUUUGUAGCUAUGUAAACGAAUUCUCCUUCAUGUGAAGGAAGCUGAAGCUGCUAAACUAUAAAGUGGUUUUCAUUGGAUGGAAGAAAGUGGAAAACUAAGCAGCCAAGCAUAAGUUUUUGUUGGUUUUGUUUGGGUUGGAUUUUUUUGUUUGUUUUUACAGCAAAGCAUGCAUUGGUAAACUGAUUGUUAAUAAUGAAAAACUCUUCACAGGGAGAAAACUGUUUUCUCAGUUGUUCUCAAUUGGUUGGCUCUGUAUAGCAGCAGCACUUUAGGGACCUACCUGCUAUUGUUACCAUCCAUACAAGGACAUAGGUUAUUGCAGAAAUCCAUACUGCUGAAAUGAAAAAUGUCACCAUGAACCAGUUCCUCCAAAACGGUCUUCUGCAAUCUGGUAUAGUCAAAUAGAGGAGUGUAGUGAUAGGAAGGGAUAACACCCACAAGACUCUCUUCAUAUCUGCUUCAGGCAUGGUGAAGACACUUCGAUGAUCUGUUGAAGAGAAGUAACUGUUUUAAAUUGCAGCAUUAAGGUUGAACCAUAGCAUACAGUCACAUGACUAUCCUCUACUUGUGAGAAUACUCAAAAAAGGUAAAAAAAUACUUCCUCAAGUUCUAGUUGUAGUCUUACCCAGUAUUUACGUUUCAUUGGACAAAACUGUGAAAUCAAAUGUUCUUUAGUUCUCUCCUAGUGACAUGGUAAUAAGGUAGAUGAAAAAUGAGCUUUUCUAUAAAGGUUUACACAAUAUCAAGAGUAAGUACCAACUGCUGGAUUUUGCCCAAGUGAAGAGGAAACUGAUGAUCUGUGGCCACAUCAUACCUAUUCCUUUACUUUACAAACAAAGCAUAUUUUAGGCUGCCAUUGUCAUAAGAAAACAGUAUAUAUUAGUACAGUUCCAGUGUCUUUUCAGCUGGUACUACAUUUUACAGGCAGUGUUGCUGGGAAGUUUCAAAUGUGCACAGCAAAGACUGAUGGAAAUCUGCUGUUCUAGUAUGACACAAAUGAGCAACUACCCUAGCACUCAUCUGGCAGCUAAUUUUAUAUAAAUACUUCCACUCUGAUUUUGCUUACUGUUACAUUUUGGGGAAGAAUAGUUAGUUACUCUAAAUACUAUACUGGAGUUCUUUUGUGAACAAAAUCUUAAUCAUAUCUCAAAAUCUACUUUUUAUUAGAACUGAUGCAGACAGUCAUGCAGAGUGCUAGAGACAACUGCAAUAAUACUUCUACCUUCAGAGAUUUCAUUAAGCCCACGCAAGCUUGUUGAAAGUUGAGAGUAGUCCGGCUCAUCUUGAAAGAUUCCACUAUCUGUUCUUGACUGCUGACGAAUUAGAGGUCCACUCUCUUCCCUCUGGCCAACCAGUGCCUGCUGCUCAGGAUUCUCUUCCAUAGUUUUUGUCAAACAUGUGCAGCAGGAACUGAACUUUUUCAUGAAGUACCGGUUGAUUUUAAUGUCAAAACUUAGUACCAGAAUAUAGCACCCAUAUAUCAAUAAUAAAGAUGCACUUUCAUACCUAGAAUGAAAAACAGAUUUUUACAUAACAUGUAAUAUAAAAAAACCCCUACCCUUUAACUUGUUAAAAUGGCUGGUGUAAGGGGGAAUUUGCAUUAGUAGCAAAAGGAAAACACCCAGAAGUGUCUAUCUGCAGUUGUGUGGCUGGUGUCAUGGAAGUUUGUGAGUGUCUCCAUCUCUUCCAGUAGUUUGAUUCCCCUUGCCUUCAAAAUCUUGUUUGUGUACAGUAUAGCUGCAUGUUUUCCAGGGAAUCUUACUGAUUGAACAUUUACUGAUGUUCGAGUCUUCAUGUGAUGGUUAAGGAGAGGAGAGACAGUACAUGAUAUUUUGAGUUACAAACUUCAGAGACUUAGUGCUGGAUGGUGGUGACUUGAGGCAACAGGAGUUUCAGUGUUGAUGGGAGUUAAAAAAUCAGAAGCUCAUUAACGCUUCUGGCAGACAAAUGUUUUUCUUAAUGGUGAUGCUGUUAAAGGAAAGGCUCAAAAGGAGUAAACUAUGAAGAUGAAUUGUUAUGCAAAACAGUGGUGAUAGAAAUAGUGAAGUCUGUACAGACAAACCUAUGCAGAUCAAACUGUAUAAAUAUGCAGGGUUUGAAUGUUUAGGUAAUCAUCUUUACAAGCCUUGUGACUUUGUGGUUUUUUAAAGCCAACCGGAUGUUUCUUUCUUUUAGUGAAUGGCAGUACAGUUUGGGGUUUGGGUUGUUUGCUUGUUUCUCAAAACACUGUCUCACUUAUCUCCAGUCGAUGUUAACACUACUUGUGCUCUUACCAGUAAAUUAUGUUGUCAGAUAUCAUCCCAAGGACCGCCGCUACACUAAUUGUGUAUGCCAGACAGUCUCUAAACAGCGGCCAACAGGAUAGCCUCGAAACCUGCAGAUCACAGAGUCAUUUACUUUUUUUGAAUUUGUCUGUAAUACUUUCACUAAGUGCUGUAAAUGCUGCAUCAAUAUGUUGUUUCUAUAUUAUGUACAAAUUUAAGAUUCUUAGGAAUGACUUGAGUAUGAUAUUUAACAAGUUAGUGUUUUUAAAAACUUUCAUAGCAAGUUAACUUAAAACUGAUUACAUGCUGGUUUUGCUACUAAAUAAUAAACUUGACAGUUGUCAUA